AUGGCUGCGACUCAAGGCGCGGAUGAGUAUAACCUGCAGGAGGCAUGGGACAGGGCAUGCACCUCGUUUGCGCAGACCACCAAAGUUGAUCUCACUGCAAAGCCCAGGUUCUCCAUUGACGAGGUUUUGGACCAAAUUCGCGAAAAGCAAGAGGAAGACAAUGAGAAAAACAACAAAUACAGGGCUGCAAAAGAUGUGAUCAGCAAAACUUUGAAUUUUGUCACGGUUCUAGGUGGGAUUGCUGCCGAAGGCGCCAGCAUGGUAUUUGAGCCUAGUUGUCUCUGCUUCAAUGCCAUUUCUUAUCUCAUUGACACCGGGGCGAGGUACAAGCGCAUUUUUAGCAGUCUAGCUGAGCUGUUCCGUCGUAUCUCCGACGUGCUAGAGCGCUGUAAGAUCUAUUUACGUUUGCCCGCGGAUGCGGUUGACAUUGCGCUUCGCAAGAUUAUCAAUGAGGAGCUGCUUUGCUUUGUCGAAAUUUGCGCAUUGUCAAUCAAGGUUCUUAAGGGCCACAAAGUCUUCAUCGCACUCAAGGUCUUUGCGUUUGACAGCGAUGAAGGCGUAAGCGAUCAGCUAGUUCGCUUGGCUACGCUAGUAGAGCGCGAGUCUCAGAUGCGCGCAACUCUGGGUUUUGAAUCCCAGAAGACGAGCGAGAGGAACAUCAUUGAUACCAGAGAUGGUACCCGAAGGGUCAACGCCUCAGUCGAUAAGCUUCUUAGUUCUGAUAUGAGAAGAGAUGCAGAUAGUGCUGCAAAGAGGCUUCUAGCUGGUAUUGAUUCUAGUCUGGGCAAUCCUAGCGAGGCUUUUAAAGUCAUCCAGGCGUCCCUCAAGCGUCGUUUAGGUGAUCAGGUUCUGGGAAGCGGAGAGUGGCUUUGGAAAGACCCCUUGUAUACAGCAUGGAAAUCUUCUGAGCAGUCAUCUCUCUCCCUCUUUGGUAUAUCUGGGGGUGAGGGAUAUGGCAAAUCAUUCCUCUUUGCGACCAUCAUCCAACAUCUGCGAGAGAUCCAAUCCGUACCUGCAGAAGAUAUGACAUACACUUCAACUGCAUAUUAUCUCUUUGAUCAAGAAAAACAUACAUCUCUAGUCCAGGCCCUCAAGGUCAUUGCGUGGCAGAUCGCCAAGAGAGAUAUUGUUUAUCGCAAAGACCUCAGCUCUGUGAAGGCAACCGGUGUCAGCCAGAUAGCAAGUCUCUGGGAGAUUCUAUUUUCUAAGGCAUACAGGAGCGACUCCACGUUCUUUGUCCUGUUGGACGGUAUUGAUCAAGCGAACAAGAAAGAACUCAGAGAGUUUGUUCAACUCCUGACGGAACUGCGGGCGACGUCUGAGACCUGGCCUCGAUUUAAACUCCGCGUUGUUCUCUGCGGUCGGGAUGAAACAAUGAACACGAUCAAAAACUACAUGGGAGAAAUCAUCUCCGUCAUCGACGUGGCAUCUCAAAAUAACGAUGAUGUGGAAAAGUUCAUCAUCGAUCGGAUGAAUAGAAUGGAGAUUCUCAGCGGCUCCUCCGAUCAAGUACUUGCUCUUCGACGGGAGAUUUUGGAAAAUCUGAAAACCCAGACCCAUGGUGACUUCGUCAAUGUUGGCCUCCUAUUACAUGAAAUCAGCGGGAAACAACGCCCUGGUGAGAUCAGAGACAUUUUAUCUCGAUCGGGAGGAAAGCGAUCCGACACGAUUGGGCGAAAGAUUGAACUCCUCAACGAGAAGCUCAGUGAGGAAGACAUCGCUGAUCUGAACAUUAUUCUCACAUGGGUAAUAUUCGCCGCUUGGCCAAUGCAAAUUUCGGAGCUGGAGUCAGUCCUUCUCCUCAAAACAGGGGAAGCCUCUCUUCGACCUUUGGCGGAGAAGAUCACCGAUCAAUAUGCGUCUCUCCUGCAGAUUAUGGGCAAACCACAUCCUGUGACUCAAAAGUUCUCGCCGGCUUUGGACGUAGCUCUGGUUUCUGACUCAAUUGAGGAGUUUCUACGAAAUAAACCUGACUCCGAGGAGGCUGAAACUGCCCAAGACUUAGAUCUUACUGGCAGUAUCAACGAUUCUGAGGUCAGAAUUGUCCGUCGCUUCCUCGAAUCGGUAUGCGAUCCUAAACUUUUCUCCAAAUUUGGCUUCGAAGAGUUCUUCCAGCGGAAACUCAAGGGGAAUACUGCUCGGGUCGAAAUUGACACUGAUACCGCACAUUUGAGAAUCCUAGAAACGUGCUUGGACGUGUUCAAAUUCAAAGAUCCUUCAGGUCUCGCUCUGCAUAAUUAUGCUGCUUAUUAUUUCCCCCAACAUUUGCAGCAAGCGGAUCCCUCGCUGACCCAACCGCAACGCAAAAUUGCCCUUGGUCCGCAGUUGGUCAGCUUGUUUACAGACGAAAAGAUGAUUAGAGAAUGGUGGUAUCCAGAUCGAGACUGGUUCCGUACAAACUGGAUUUACGAUGAUAAUUGGUCUGAAGUUGUGUUGAAGUGGCUCCAAGAUUCUGCUGUAACCAAAAACCUCACCGAGGAUCAAAGUACAUGGGUGAAAACUUUGAGUUCCAAGUCAGCGCCUGAUGCAGAUCUCCUCGAACGCGUCAUCAAAUAUGUCGCUCAUCUCUGGUUGGAAGAGGGUGUGGCGAAUCCGACCGAAUGCUUCGCUACAAUCUAUGGGUAUACUACAAAAAUUGAGAACCGCAAGAAUUCCCAAAUAGAAAGAUUGAGGAGUGACCCAGAACCCAAUGAAAUUGAGGCAUCCCACAUUAUCAAUACUGCUGAAUGGGCUCGACGUCAACUCGGACUAGAAAGCUUGGGGUACGAAGGGACUCGCCUUAUGGCCGCUACACUCAGGGAGUUUGAUAAAUACCCCGAGGCCAUUGAACAAUUCAAAUUUGCGUCCUCGCUCCAGAAAUAUAAUUGGAUCUCGCAAUGGGGUCUUGCGCUCUGUUUUGCUAAACAGAAGGAGUGGGGCCCGGCGAUUGAGAUUCUCGAGGACGCAAAGAACAUGGUCAAGUCCGGUGACAACCGUGAGGAUGAUGAGUAUCUGCCUCAACUUGAUCGUGAUCUAGCCAAGUACACCUGGGAGACCGGUGAUACCGCCAAAGCGUUUGCGAUAUACGAGGCAAUCUUGCGAGAUAAUCCUACCGACUACGAGGUAGCUUUCGAGAUGGUGAUUUGUUAUCACCGGGAGAAAAACUCAGAUGGCUUGCUCGAAUUUCUUGAUUCACUCAAAGAAUCCAUGGACGAUGAAUAUGGUCUAGACAGACGGACGCGUGCGUUCCAUAUACUCGCCUUUUUUGACAAGUAUCACGAGGCACUCCUCGGCCUAGUCUGCAACGACAAGACCUUUGACGCUGUAUUUGAGGGCUAUCAAACAGCUAUCAUGAACGCUGAAAAGCUGAUUGCUGAGGCUGUGCUGAAAGAGGAUGAUAUAGAAACUGAGCAUCGGUUGGGCCAAGCGCUUCUCAUGCAGAACCUUGGGGCUCUGUGCUACGAGAAUGGCUCGGAGGAUGCCGAGCGGCGAAAGCUCGCUGAGGAUCAGUGGUUAAGCAUCCUCCAGCUUGAAGUACCUCUGGAUGCACUCUACAUCGGGCACAUAAAAAACUCUGUCUGUGGAAAACUCGCGAGAUUAUAUCUCAACGAGGCGUGCCGGGAUCCAAGCAACGCAGAUAGCUAUCUGAAGCGGUUACAGCAGUUGGCUUCGUUCGAUACGGGAUACGCCUCCCUCAACGGGAGGCCUAGCACAUAUCCAACAGAAUUGAUUGCACGGUACUACUCGCUGCAGGGCAACGAGGAAAAGGCCAUUGAUACUCUGCGCUCAGAGGUCAAACACAGUAUGAAUCUUCUCUCUGACGAUGAUCCACUCAAUGACUGGCAAGGAUACCAUACUCUGGCCAGGUUUUUCAUGUUCGCUGGUCAGGACAUAGAUUCUCUCGCCGCAUGGUCGCUGAUAACUCCACUUCAAGACGCGGACAACCAGACAGAUCUAUCGGAACCCGACACAACCAAGCAGGGGCCCACAGGGCCAUUGAAUGAUGUAUGUGAUGGAGACUGCGAAACUGUGUGGAGUUUCGCAAAUGACAUCUACAUGUGCAGAGAGUGCGACUAUAUGGAGCUUGAUAUCCACUGCUUGAACAAGCUUCGCGAAGGAACCCUCCAGAAACGGAUAUGCGGCAAAGAUCACGAUAUGCUGCAUGUACCAGCAUAUGACAUUGCUCAACAAGAAAAGAUCGGUGAGGGCAAUGUGUUGGUUGGCGAGGAGAUAAUGCCGGUGACCGAGUGGCUACGGCACAUCAAGGAGAAGUGGGGUCUUCAGUGA